AUGGCACCCGUCCGAAGAUCCACAAGGAAUUCUAAAUCACGAACAGGGUCUCCGAAAAAGCAAGGGAACCCGCAGACAGGAGCAAAGAGGCGAACUAAUAGAAGAAACAAAUCUGCUGCCUCGAAAGGUGAGAUUGUACGCGAAAAGUCCCCAAAGUUGGAGUUAAACUCAUCCCCAAUCAAGCAAAAGAAUGAUCAACAAACGACCCCUACAAAACAAGUCAUUUCUAAAAAGGGAAAGAAUGUCUUGUUUUCAGAUGAUUUGGUUUCUGACUUACCAAGCACACCCGAGAGAUGCUCUUCACCAAUCCGGUCCAUUUUGAAGCCCGUUGAACCCAAUUCUUUGAACAGAGCUGCCGAUCCAAAUGACACAUCGCUUUGGGAUGCGACGAACAAUGCAAGGACAAUCAACCCAAAAUGCUUUGAAUUUUGGCUACCGGGCACAAUCAUUCAGCUACCACUGGGCUCUGAAAAGUUGCCCAUGCUAGUGGAAGGAUGCAUGUCGGUGUUGGAUGAUGAAAAAUUUGAAAGGAGGUUUGAGGUGUAUGCAGCAUUGAAUGGCAUUGUUAAAACCAACCCGUCCGCAAUAUUGCUUAAACUAUUCGCGAGCUCUAAAAAGAAUGAGAUUCAGCAAGCAUCGCUCCCGCUUGUGGUCCAAGUCCUUAAAGACAUCAGCAUUAUUGAAAAGAGUAUAUUCAAUCCCGAAUUGGACAAAGAAAAUGACUCCCCAACCAAGGGGGACCCAUUCAAGGUUCGUGUUGUCACACAAGCGUUGAAACUUCUCAAUUUUGUCUUGUGUGAUACUGAGUUGAAUAGUUUUGUAACAAACGCUGACAUAUGCUGGAUUUAUGAUCAUGCAUGUACGGCGCUUGUUAACCCCAGGAUAUCCAAAGCACUUGUUUCACCGUACCUUAAUAUAAUUAAGGAUUGCAAAUUGAGUAGCAGUUGCAAACGCGACUUGUUUUCCCAUCAGCACAUUCUUGAAAAAUUGCUUUUUGCAGUACUUAAUGUUAAAGGUUUUCCAAGUGUAUCAUUGGUAACAGAAAGACUAAUCUGUUUGAAAAAUUACGUAUUGAAUUUCCCGGAUUUCAUGGCCAAAAACAUUGACCACUGGUUUGAGCCGUUGCUUUUGAACUUGUGCAACAUGAUUCAUCCCUUGAACGUGAAAUGCCUUGGAGUAGGUGUGCAUUGUUUAUUGGAGGCAGCAAAAUGCUUUUUGGAUUGUACCCCCGUCCACACUUGUGUGUUGAACAAAAUGUCAUCACGGAUUGCCCUGAGCGUUCAGUCUUUCACAUCAAGUCAAGAGUUUUCAGAAUGUAUGAAUCAGCUCCGUAUGCAAAAUGUAAAACUAGGUCAAUUUGUUGUUUCCAAAUUGCAAGAGUUGAUACGCGCAGAACAACAUAAAUUAGCUAUGGACAUGUGGAUGGCCCUUACUCUAUUAUCUAGCGUGGAUGCUUUUGAUGAGUCUACAUAUUUGGAAUCGUGGCUCAAAGUACCAAAUUUUUGCUUCAGUUUAGGCCCUCCUGCAACUGCAAUUGCUUUGUCUUAUUGGAGAGCAGUAUGUUUCAACUUGUGCAAAAACAAUCUAGAUGCAUUCCGCACAUGUAUUGACCGUGUUCAACGACCAAUAUGCAAAGGAGAUAACCCCCUUUAUGCCACACACACAUUGAAGUCAAAAACGACAGUCAUGAUGCACGUUUUUGAUAGCUUCCCUUUGCUGGAGUUACCAAAAAUUGUGAUUGACUCACUUGAUAAUGUUUUCUUAGGCUACUUAUACAUUUUUCUCAGUCCAACCAUUCUCAAACUGUGGACAAAGUACUUAGCUGCUUUUUGGGAUAAGAUUGUUCAACCAAUAUUCAGGAAAUUCUACUUAGCAAAGGAAGCGGGCCCAUAUGCAAACCACUUGGGUUGCGAAGUUUUACACACACUUUUCAGAGUAUCAAUGCCUCAUCCAGAAAAGGAAUUCAAUGAAGCUCGAAUACUAUUCAACGAUCCAAUUAACUUGCCACAAAUCAACCCACUUCCGUCAAGGUUUGUUCUCAUCAAGUUUGACAAGAUGAUGCAGAACAUGAUCUCGUUAUUCGAAUUGGACACAAUAAAAUUUGAGCAGAAAUUGGGCCUACUCAAAUCCUUUUUAAAUAAAAUAAAAUUGGUGGUAAAGAAGGAGCAAAGUCCAUCAGUUACUACUUAUGAUCUCAUCGAUAACCUCCCGUUAUUGUUAAGAAAGUUGUUGGGAACCCAAGCCGUGAGCUCAGAGGUUCUUGUAAGAGUCAUUGUUGUAAUGCAUGAUGUGUUUAGUCCAUCUUUACUAAUUAACUGUGACCUCGGAUCUGAAAAUUAUGACAACAACCUCAAUGUUUAUUUGCCGAUUGUCGAGAGUUCCAGCGCACUACCAUUGGAAGGAAGGAUGACAGUGAUAAGGCUCAUUUUGCAGUCUUUACCUCAGACUAAAGCAUUGAUAUUAAUCACAGAUAUUCUUGAGUUGCCCACAACAACGAACGAUACGAUCCAAAUCAUUAUUGAACUAUUGAGUAAGACAAAUAUUGUUGCAAACACAAUUGAUCUACAAUUAUAUGCCAUGAUUUGCAAAUGCAUAAGUUGCAACUACGAAGUUUUUGUGAAGAAAAUGAUUCAAGCAAUUGUAUCCAUUCCGAAUUCUGAAGAGAUUUGCAGAUGCUUAACUUUGUUACAUAUCGAUGAGUGGAAAUCAAAUGUCGCUGACCAUGUGCUUUUAUUGCUACGAAAUGCACCUUCAAAGUCGAUUCACCAUUUUGUAGCAGGGAUUAUAUCACGGCGUCUUGAGGCAUCUUUGGUACAAUCGUUGGCGUUUAUGACAAAGAACGAUUUUUCUAGUGAAAUGUUUUUGCUCAGUGGAAAUCUCUUUGAUUUGAUAGUCAAGGAUAAAGCGAGUCUUUUUGAAUGUUGUGUUUUAUUGAAACAAUAUCUUAAAUUCAAAUGCCAGCAAGGGGGAAAUGAUUAUUUGCUUAUCGAUGUCUUGGCUGCUGGAUGCAGUAAGCAUCUAGACAUAGACAUUACUUUCUUAGAGAAGUUGGUAGACUUCUCUCACUUACCCUUAAGCAGCAGGGAGGUGCAGUUGCAAAAAGCCAAAUCUAGUACAGAAGUGCUUCUUGAAACCACUUCCCUGGAUAGUCAAGAUGAACAUUCUCGUGGCGAUAUUGACAUGAUCGACAAUGAUAGCAUGGACCAAAGUUCUUUAGGAUUGAUAACAUCCCUGAGCCAAGAAGUUGCCGGUGAUAUACGAAGCGAGGAUGCAGUGAACUUGGACAGGAAUACGUUGAAGAUGAUUGUCAAAACAAACAAUUCCCUCAGGGAGGGUAGGUCGAGAAGUAGCAUGGCUAUAGAAAAUCUAAUCGGAAAAGAAGAAGAAGUCAUCACGAGCAAACAGUGUCAAUCUGAGUCUAGAAUACUGCCACAUUUGAGGUUUCCCGAAAAGCUAUCCAACGUUGCGAACAAUGCUAAUGGACAAAUACACUCAGCAACAUCAAAUACUCAGGGAGUUUCCAAUUACGACACAAGUGAAGAGCGAAGGUAUAGUCAAGUCGACGAAAGUGUCCAAACGCCGCUGUUAAGUGCUAUUGAAUUAGUGAAGCUUCUUGCUGAGAAAUCCAGCCAAGAAUUGAACAUGUUUAGUCCUCAACAAAAGUAUGAAUUGGAAUCAGAGUUGUUGCGGUUUAUGAUUAAAUUGCGUCAGUUGGAAUAA